CGACCCCUUCCACUCCUCCCCUCGACACCCGUAGCUCUCCCCCUCGCCUUGGAGCUCCCCUAUCCGCUCCAUGGCCGAAGCAUCGCCGCCGAUCCCCCUCAGCCACUUCUUGGCCAUGGCUCUUCCCCUCCCUUUCUUCGGCGUCCCCUACUCCCUCCGGAUCCUGCGGAGUCUCCGCCGCCCUCCAGUUCCGCCGGGGAAGCCCUGUCGUUGCGACCCUGACCCUGCCUUGCUCCGGCCAUGGCGCCCGAGUCGUGGCGUCGGCACUGUGGGCCGUCCCACGCGACCCCGCGGCCACCAGCAGGCACGGCGUGGAGUUGCGGAGCCCCUCCGCUUGUCAUCCGGCCCCGGGGAGCAGUUAGGCGACGGCCAGGUCGGCGGCCGGCCCGCCCCUGUUCUCUGCGUCGCGCUGGAGAAGAAGGCCAGGCGGGAGGAGAGGGAAGAUGCCAUGGGCCCCGCCUGUCAUUGUCUCAGCGCUGACGUGGCGGACCUUCUGACUGGAUUAAGUGGAAGCGCAUUUCAUCCCCGCCCGCCGAAGUGCUUAUUUUGUGAACGUUCACUGCUUUAGUGCAUUUUCUGCCUAAAAAGUGAACGGCCACAACUUUUCAAACGUAACUCCGAUUGAGGUGAUUCCAACGCUCACGUUCUUUGUUCGUCGAGCCCUUUCCGUUGGUAUCAUUUUCAUAAUGUUUUCAUAUAGUGAAAAUGACCAUUUUGCCCUUGCCCGUAAAGAGCCCCCUCCGAGAGAGAACUGUUUCCGGCAACUUUUUCUGCGGUCGUUUCACACUUUUUCCCAGAGUAUUUAUUGACCCCCAGGCAAGCCAACCUCUUAUCAUGAGCCCCGAACUUGCAUGUUUACUUUGCUUGCACCUUGUGUGUGUGUAGUUGCAGUUGUUUCAUAUCGUUUUCA